AUGCCCUGUGUUUUUCUUUUCUACUUUGAACAGCGAGACAGUGGUAUCAAGCUUGUCGAGUGUACAGAUGCAUGCUGUGUGCGACUUGAGUGUCAAGAAAGCGAUGAAGCUCCUCCACAUCAGUGUCCUACUGAGAUACGUAUGGUCUUUCUGGCUGUUCUCAGCUCUGGCAAAAGCAACUCCAACGCGACGGCAGCAACACGUCUUGCGAUCGGAAGCCUCGGCGCCUUCAAGUUCUGGGCGGGACAACUCGAAUCUUAUCUUUGCAUCAUUCGCAAGUCUGCUGCAGCAAUGGCCCAACGCAUUUGCCUACAGCGGGCACUCGAUCAUCCCCGGCCUGAUCCCGCGGUCGACGCUGCUUUACAUGCCACGAACAACAGCACUGGGCCCCCAUCAUCCGGACCCGAGUGGCUGGCCUUGAAUGCCGAGAUGGGCUACUCGAUCUUCAGCCAUCGCGGCGGAGAGCUGGAUCUCUACACCUAUGCCGCCACCCGGCCGCUGAGGGUGCUCUAUGUUGAUGGCCAGAGCGCUUCGCUCGGCACGCCCGGCUUCAUGGACUCGCAGUACGUGAUCACCAACACCUCUAUCCCCCUUGAGAACCCCGACCCCGGGCCCGGCCAAAACCGCACCAUCGAAGCUGCUCGCGCCCUUGCGCUCUGCCGAUUCGGAGACAAACAUGGCUUCGAGGGUGUCGUCAGGAUGGCCACCUCAUUCGAAUUGUUAUGGUGCGAUUUCGCAAAGGGGAUUCAACUUCUUGGGAUGAUCAAUGCUGCAGACCCCUAUUACGAACACCAGUGGGAUUCCGAAGUCCAGACCACUACUUCUCUGGGGCGCGACCAAAGUGCGACUUCCGAUCCUCCGGUCCCAGAUCCCCCGUUCUAUGCUAGAGCGCGCUGGAACUACGCCCGCUCGGGCGAGCGCGAGUUUUUCGCGCCUGGAGAAGUGCGCGUAAUCCUAGAUCCAAUGGGUUUCGUCUCGUUUUACGAUGGGCUGGAGAGUCUGGAUGCGAAGCGCCGGGCAGAAGGGACGAGCGAAGGACCGCGUUCGCGGCAUCGGCUGUACGGGAUCAGUGCCGACGAUACACAGACCGUCCAAGCCCGGCUUGCCGAGGUGCUUGCGCGGAAGAAUGCCGAGAACUGGCAGAUGGACUCGGACCGCUUGGACUGGCGCGCCCUGGUCUUGACGAUUGUGCAGCGGUACAGCCAUCCCAUCGUCGAGCUGCGAUACGUCCUGGAUAGGCACGACCUGAAUGCCACAGAGCAAGCCAUCGAAGUGCGUGGAUUGUCCUACGACAUCCUCAUGCCUUCGCUCGACUUCGCCCACUGGCACUCGCCCGAGCCAGACUGGCUUUCUGAGGGGAUCCGCAAAUGUGCUACCGCCUACACAUCGGCGCCUCUGCUUCCCUCCGAUCUGAACCACUCCAUCCAGCUCAUCAUUGGGGCUAUCGAGGGCACGUUGAGCCGGAUAUGCACCACAAUCUACAGUCUCUUUUCGCAAACUAUCAAACUAUCGCUUCCUGUCAAGCCCACCUACACCUUCAACUCGACACUCGAGAAUGAAGCUCGGGCGAAAAUUCCAGAGUGGCGUGGAGAGAUCGAAGGGCUGCAGAAAUGGCUCGGAUGGUCCAAUUGGGCAGACUGUGAUCCACGCUGUAAGACUAAUGAGAUCUGUAUGCCGCCCAUGUGGCCUUACAUCAGGGGGAAAGACUUCACCAACAUCACCGACCAGUACCCCCUCUGUCUCAACAUCUCCUCUCCACGUUGA